CAACCGUGGAUGUGUCAGGGCCGGGAAUAUCAAACAUGGCGGAUUAGCAUUAAGUAAAGCGUUAGUUAGCUCGGAAAGGCAGUUAUUGGUCUGUUUAUGAAGCUUGAACUCGCUUUAGCGGAUUGUGGAGUUUGUUAUACGGAUGUAGAAGUGCAUUCUGGAUAUCAGGAUUUCUCUGGAGUUAUUUUAAAAACAAAAAACAGAGGAAUAUGUGUGACUGUGUACCGUAGCUGGGCAAUAUUAGCUAACCUAGCAGUGUCGUGAUCCGAGACCCGAGUAACGUUAAUCCGCGAGUUCCAGUUAAUCCAGUCAGAGUUGUGAUGAUCUGUCUGACUGUUUUACUCCCGCAAAUGAUACAGAUAUAUAACUGAAACAUUCCUGUAUAUUAUAUUAUAUUAUAUUAUAUUAUAUCAGAGGCAUGAAUAAUCCUAAAACUGUUGAGAAGCUAAAAUAAUAAAUCUGCUGUGAUCUCUUCACAACUGAGAAGAUGGAGCUCAAUUUAAAACACGUUGAUUACCUGCAGGUUGGAGUGACGUCUCCGAAAACGAUGAAACUUUUACCUGCGGUGGGUCGUAAAGCAACACAGAAGGUUGCUGUUGCAGAUCAUGAUGGUGUGGUCAACUGUUUCGGGAUGAAAAAGGGAGAGGCAGUUCCUGUAUUCAGAAGUCUCCCAGGACAGAAGAUCUCCAGACUGGAGCUGGGAGGUGCAUUAGGAACACCACAGGAGAAGAUCUUUGUGUGCUCAGGUUCUGAGGUUAGGGGUUACACCAAAAAGGGCAAACAGUUCCUUUCUUUUGAGGCCAAUCUGACCGAGAACAUCAACGCCAUGCGUGUCUCUGGGGCAGACCUUUUUGUGUGUGCCAGCUACAUUUACAACCACUACUGUGACUGCAAAGACCAGAACUAUUUUCUGUCAGGGGACAAGAUCAACGACAUGGUGUGCUUACCAGUUGAGACGGUGGGACGUACGGUGCCCGUUCUGGCGUGCCAGGACAGAGUACUGCGCAUAUUACAGGGUUCAGAGCUGCUGUAUGAUUUUGAGAUUUCCGGCCAACCGUCUGUUCUGGAGCUUCACAACAGAGAUGGAGGUAAGGAUGGGGAGGAAGUGCUUUACGGAACGGCUGAUGGGAAACUGGGUCUAGUGCAGUUAACCUGUUCAGCUCCUGUCCCUAAGUGGGAGCUGGACAACGAGAAAAAGAAAGGAGGCGUGCUUUGCAUCGAUACAUUCGACUUCCUGGGUGACGGCGUAAAAGACAUCCUGGUUGGGAGGGAUGAUGGGACGGUCGAGAUCUACGGACUGGACAACUCCAACGAACCCACGUUGCGUUUUGAAAACGUGUUGACUGAAAGUGUUGCAUCGAUCCAGGGAGGGUGUGUAGGAAAGGAGUCAUAUGAUGAGGUUGUCACGACAACGUACACAGGUUGGGUAUCAGGUCUCACAACAGAGCCUCAGCAGAUGGAGGCAGGACCAGGGGACGAGGUGAAGAUGAGCCGAGAGACCCAGGCCAAGUUGGCCGCUCUCAGGGCCGAGCUGGAGCAGCUGCAAGUGAAGGUGAUGCAGGGACGGGAGAAAUACCAGCAGAGCUCUCAGUCCAGUACAGCUGUAUCCGCCGUGCCGGUCUUCAGCAUCAAUGACAGGUUCACUCUGUGCCAAGAGGAUGCUAGUUACAGCCUCACGCUGGAGGUGCAGACUGCCAUCGAUAACCUUCUGCUACAGAGUGAUGUUCCUAUAGACCUGCUUGAUGUGGAUAAGAAUUCAGCUGUGGUUAGUUUCAGCGAAUGUGAUUCGGAGCCAAAUGGGAAUUUCCUCCUCGCCACAUACAGAUGCCAGGCUAACACCACAAGGCUGGAAUUGAAGGUGAGGUCAAUUGAGGGUCAGUAUGGUACACUUCAGGCCUACGUAACCCCACGGCUGCAGCCUAAAACCUGCCAGGUGCGUCAGUACCAGAUCAAACCACUCUCGCUCCACCAGAGGACCCACGGCAUCGAUCACAGCAGGCCUAUGAACACCUUGAGGCUGGUGGGGCAGUUCAGUUUUGCAGAGAUCCACUCAUGGGUCAUGUUCUGUCUGCCCGAGGUGCCUGAGAAAACCCCAGCAGGAGAAAACAUCACCUUCUACUUUCAGAACACUUUCCUGGGAACGCAGCUUGAGGCGAGCUACUGCAAAGGUGAAGGGAACUUUAAAUCCGAUAACAUUUCAACCAUAUCCAUCCUCAAGGAUGUUCUCUCGAAGGAGGCGACCAAGCGCAAAAUCAAUCUGAACAUUUCUUAUGACGUGAACGAGGAUUCUGUGAGCCAUACGCUGACGAUGAUUCAUCCUAAGCUUGAAUAUCAGCUCUUGUUGGCCAAAAAGGUUCAGCUUAUUGAUGCUUUGAAGGAGUUGCAAGUGCACGAAGGAAACGCAGAUUUUCUGAUUCCAGAGUAUCGCAAUAUACUCGACGAGUCUGCUCGUCUGUUAGAAGAGUACAAAAAACAACCAGCUCACCUGGAGAGGUUAUACGGCAUGAUAACCGACCUCUUCAUCGACAAGUUCAAAUUCAAAGGGCAAAAUGUCAAGACAAAGGUCUCGCAGCUCCUUGAAAUAUUAGACAACUAUGAUCUGAACUCUCUGGUGGACUUUUUCAACGAUGCUUAAUUUAAAACGCCGACGGCAGAGUUAUUUAUUUAUAAUAUGUCGUAUUUUUUAUCUUUUAUGAUUAGAUUUCUCCGAUAUUUAUUUGCAGAAGCUGAAAACUUUCACAUGCCAAAGUACAGAAGCCAUACAGAGAGGUAUCGAUACAUCAUCAAAUAGUACUGUGUUAUAAUGGAAUGAUAAGUAACCAGCACUAGUGUGCUACUUUUUCUGUGAAUUUAUAUUUCUAUUCAAAUAAAUGUUCAUAUUACG